AUGGUAGGUUGUAGUGGUUCUCAUGUUGUUGAUGUUGUUGUGGGUGAUAAGAGAAUUGUAGAGGUUGAUGAUGAUAAUUCUUAUAGGAUUGAUUAUGUAAUUUGUGAGAGUUCUUUGGUUAACAAUUGUGAUGAUUUUGGUGGUUUGUUGCUUAGUUUUUAUCCAGAACUAGAGAGAGUUUUGUUGUCUGCAAUGAAUUAUUUGAAGAACGAUGCAACAAGAGUAACUGCUGAAUGUAUGAUGAAGUUGUCUACGGGUUGUAAAUGGUUUAUGCAUGGAAGGGUGUUGAUGAAUUUUGGUAUUUUUUUUAUAAUGAAAUUGGAUAACGUGCAUACUUGUGGGUUGUCACUCGUAGAUCUUGUAGCAAAAUGGUGUUUCUUAUCGGGUUGCAUGGUUAAGAUUGAUAAGGCAAGAGGUGGGUUGUUUGGUGAUUUUGCAACUUCUUUUGAUCAAUUUCGAUGGUACCUUGAGACGGCUAUGAGAACGAAUCCAGGAAGUGUGUUUGAAUUAGAUGUGGAUGAAAGUAGUGGGUGUUUUCGCAGGUUGUUUAUGGCAUUUCAUGGAUGUUUGUAUGGCUUUCAAUUUUGUUGUUCGUUGUUGUUUGUUGAUGGUACAUUCUUGAAGGGGCGUUACAAGGGGCAUUUGCUUGCAGCAACAUCAAAGGAUGGUAAUCAAGGUCUGUUUCUUUUGGCUUUUGCGAUUGUUGACGCUGAAAAUCAAGAUAAUUGGAUGUGGUUCUUAAGUCAGUUGUUAAAGGCUGUUGGUUCAGGCCAGAGAUUGACCUUUGUGUCUGACCGUCAACAUGGAUUGCUAAACGCUCUUUCAGUGGUUUUUCCCAAUGCACAUCAUGCAUUUUGCUUGAAUCAUUUGAAGAGAAAUUUGAUUGACAAAUUGGUGGGACUUUGUACUAAAUAUAAGCUGAGUUUGAUGAAAAUAUUAGUUAAAUGUGCUUAUACGCCAACUGUUGCUUCUUUCCAACAUUAUAUGGAGAAAUUGAGGUGUAUUGCUGGAAAUGGUAGAGUUGAUAGUAUGUUGGAUGGUUUGCAAAAUGAUAAGUGGGCCCAUGUAUUUUUUAGAGGGAAACGAUAUGGUGAGAUGUCAUCUAAUGCUGCCGAAUCUUAUAAUAAUUGGAUUGGUGGGGCCGUGAGUUGGUUAUUACUUGUAUGGUUGAUAUGA